AUGGCUCACUCAGCUUACCACCCAGGUGUAUCCUUCUUCAUCAACUUCUACAAUCUUGAUCCGUCAAGUAACGACCAAUGCAUAUUUUACACCCAAAAGGGGACAAGAUGCAAGUGGCCGUGUAGCGACAUCGGGCAGGCCAUCACGCUCCGUGGAGCUAUCAUUGCAGCAGCCUCGGAUGGGCUUCCUAGUCUCGAUCUGCUUGAAGAUUAUGUCUUGAGCAAUUGCUGCAUGACGAGUAAAGCGCGUCAUCGGAGGCGCAUUGAAGACUUUGAUCUUUUGACACCACUCGCACUCCGAUGGCAAGAUGAGAUCCGGACUCAUGCUGCCGGCCGAUUCAAUCAUGCCCCUCCAGUCCCUCCCAUCCCUAGACAAAGUACAGCAUCCUACCCUGUCACUGGGAGCACAUUAUACGCUCAAGUCACCUACCCAACGUCUUUUGGUGACAGCACAACACCCUCCGGACCUGCAGUGAAUCCAUACAGCUCACCAACACCUUCUGUUCCGGCACUUGUGAGCAGUAUCCCCAUACCUGCAACCAGCACUACUCCAUUGCCGUCGACUCCCAAUCACCUUACAACACAUUACGCUCCCGGUGGUGGGACAUUCUACUAUCAAGCCAAUGCCCCCAUGCCCUAUGGUGUCGCUCCAGCACCCUCCGCGCCUGUAAUGAGCUCACAAACAUACCGAUACAGCUCAACAAUACCUUCUGCUCCAGCACCUGGGAACAGCGUCUCUAUCCAACCUGCCUAUUCCACUCCGUUUCCAUCGACUCCUGAUCAUCCUACAACGAACUAUGCCCCGACUAACACCCCAUUGCACUAUCAAGCGAAUCAUCCCACGUCUUUUGGUCUCGAGGCAACACCUUCCGUGACUGGUGCGAGCCUAUCACCUUACCAAGAGGGCUCUCCGCGAUCUCCAAUCACUACCAAAAUGGCAUCUUUAGAUUUAGGAAGUCGACCACAACCUCGCGAUGUUCGUUCUCCUGAGGUCAAUACCUCUGCAAGAUCCACCUCGGUCGGACCCACAUCUGUUUCUCAGUCCCCGCUGUCCGAAUUCCGUAUACAUAUAACAAAACCCCUCCGUGGUCACUCUGUCUCCCGGAAACUCCUCGAUCCUCUUGAAAAACGAGACUUCGAGACUGGUUCGCUUUAUAUUUUCGCCCGGGAUUCCUCUCCAGGCUAUGUCAAGAUCGGCUGGACCGCGGACACUGUCCAGAAGCGUCUCGAUAGAUGGUCGGAAAGUUGUGGAUACACUCCGAACCUAUUGUUCGAGGUGAACUGUGUCCCUUAUGCCCAGCGUGCCGAGACUCUCACGCACCACGAGUUGAUUAACGAAUGGCGCUGGGAGAAGUGUUGCCCGAGGUGUCAGAAACCUCACAUCGAGUGGUUCGAGACUACCAGAGAAAGAGCAGAGCAGGUACUUAGAAACUGGGCGGAUUUUAUGAUAAAGGCUGAGCCAUAUAGCUCGGAAGGGACGUUGAAAAAUCACUGGAGGAAAGUUAUGGAGACGAUGGAGAGAAACGGGGAGAAGGUUACUGGUAAAGCGCUGCUAGACCACUAUGAGGCUUCUUUGGUUGGGGAGGCACCGGACGCUGAGGAUCCAGUGGAACUGGAACACACACCGAAGGUAGAUUCUGGAGGGAUGCCGAAGGUGCGACGCCAGGAGCCACUCCCUUCGUCACUUCAAUCCUCGGCGUUACCACCAAACGCAAUCUCAUCGCAAGAGAAAAUACUAACUUUAAGCGCUGGCACCGAGGAAGCCACUGCAACACCUACGAGUCCCGGCUCCGACACCAACCCUACGGUCGUUGGUGCCUCAUCUCAACUCGAGAUCGACUCACUGUCCCGCCCAGCCGAAUCCUUGGUUACAGCCGACCAAGGAAAUUCUCAGCCGAAUACCCAUACCAGCACCGACGCAAGCACAGAGGCGAAUUCUCCGCGUCCCAGCUUCUCCGGCCCUCCUGCGGUCAAUAUAUCAGGCUUAUCUGCCAUAUCUACCUCCCCUGGACGUAAAGCCGAGCAGCUCUCUGAUCCUCGAGCGCCACUUGUAAUGGUCAUCCUGCAGGACCUGCUUUCCUUGAACAUCGACGAGCUCGAGGAAGCAGCGGAGACUCUGGCUUCAAUCAUACAGCGUCGGCAGAAUGCUGAAAAGGAGGGCCAAGGGGAGUCCGAAAGCAAGCUUCUCGGCUACAAUGGAGAGAACCGUAUGAAGGAGGGGGAGGAGGAGGAGGUGGUGGAGGAGCUUGAAUCUCACGAUGAAGAGGAAGCGGGAGCAGGAUCAAAUGAAGAAGAUGCAGAUGAAACGCUAGUAGAAGACCAGAUACAGUUGUUCUCAGAGAAAGAGGCUGCUGUCAAGAUUGCAGAUGGCCUCUGCAAGGAAUUUUCGCCUGGAGAAGCAACAGAAGACCCAAAGGCUUUGGACCCAAACUUCAAGAAGGUGUUGGAUAGUGAAACGCCGCCGGCUGUUGGGGCUGUUGCGCUGGCAUGA